AGCCAGGAGAGGGGAGGUUUCACUACAGCUGGAACUUGAACAAAGUUCCUGUAAACUAUAUUGUUAUAUGUAGCGGUAAAUAUUAAAGGAAGAAAAUCCGCUCCGUGAUUUUAAAAGAUAACCAUCCGUUGAACGUGACGUCAGUUGUUGCGUCUAUGCUUUCUUCCUCUUUCGCUCUGUCUCUGGUCUUCCUGAAAACACCUGCGUGAUUCAGGUAACUCACCGAUGAAGAGGGAAGUCCUUGGACACUGAGCGGUGAAAAGUUUGUCCAUCAGGGAUGUGUUCCAGUCGAGGUACGAUAUGUGGCGGCAACAACCGUCCUAACAGGCCCUCCAACUCAGAGGGCUCCAGCUCAGGCGCCCAUUAUGCCCUGUGUGCCCUGGGAGUCGGGCUCAUCGCCCUGGGUGUUGUCAUGAUUGUGUGGACUGUGAUGCCCAUGGAUGGAGAAAGCUUGGACGAGUCCCCUGCUCCAUCAGGCAACUCCACCACAGAGCCUGAGGGCGGGGAUGGUGAUGAGGAGGACACAGACGGCACAAAGUCUUCAUCAGUGGCUAUGGUGCUGGUUGGAGUUGGUGUAGCCAUGCUGCUCUUGUCCAUUUUCCUCGGUGUGAGGAGCAAAAGGAGAGCACGCAACAGCAGUAACCAGCCAGCGCCAACGGGAGGCCCCCUUAUGGGCCAUGUGGCUGGGGAGGAAGCUGCUGAUCCAACUACGUUCAACGUGCCAAGCUAUGAGGAGGUCGUUGGCAGUGGCGAUUACCCCGUCCGUCAGAGCAACCUUCGCCAGAGCACCUCCCAGCUGCCGUCCUAUGAGGACAUCAUAGCAGCUGUGGAAAAUGAGGGAUCAGAGUCCACGAACAAUCCCACUGAAGACACCCCUCUUAAUGAUCCCACACCGGCUCCCGCCCAACCUGCUGCUGAACCCCUGGCCGACCACCCUGGCCUCACACCAAACCCCAGCUUGCCCACCCGCAGCAGCAGCCGUGCCAGCCGUUUACUGAGGCCCCUGCGGGUGAGGAGGAUCAAAUCAGACAAACUGCACCUGAAGGACUUCCGUCUCCAAAUUCGCAGCCCCACACAGAAUCCAGUCACCAUUGAACCGAUCACUCCACCACCGCAGUAUGACAAUAAGAUGCCAGAAUUACAGUAGGUAGCUCUCCCUUAUCGCCUGUUCCUGUGUAAUAAAAAUAUCUCUGUGUUAAAUGGACUAAUGAUAACAUUUUUGAAAAAUCCAUUUUCAAGGUUGGUGUUAAAUAGGUUAACUGUGGCUGCGAGCGGUGUGAUGGAGGCCGUGUAGACACUUUCUUGAAAUUAAAAGUGAAUCUCGUGUUCUUUAUCAGUGAAGCUUGUGAUUGGCGUAUUUAUUCUGCAUUACUGGGUCUGUGUGAAAGGAUCUUUCUACUAUAACUAGGACAGCCUGUCAGUUUUAUUUAAUAGGCAAUUAUAAUAUGGUUUUCACCUGGAAUUAUUAUUGUUGCUGUAUUUUGAGUCUGAUCAGUUGUGAACUGUGGGAAAUUUGAAACCAUAUAUUGUGAUUCAAAGGGGAAAAGGGAAAGUAACUGCCUUGGUGGUUUUUUAAGUGGUAUCAAGUAUCAUAACUAUCAGAUGCACCACUUUUCUGUGAUUUGUAACUGAAGAAAAUGCACUGAGGCCAAAAACUUUGACUCUUUCUGAAUGUUUUUGUAAAUUGUUUUUAAAUGUCUUGUCUUAAAGAAACAGCUUCAAAUGACCUUUUGAUACAGAUAUUAAGAGAAGACAAAUAUUCUCUGGAACAAUAACCACUGAAUAUUCUAGUAUGGGAUGUCAUAUUGGCAAUUAAACUUGCAUUGCUUCAUAUGACUAUGUGUUUAAAUGUUGAAAUCCCUGUAACUAUGUUUUUAAUAUGUGUUAAAAAAAGUGGUGAAUAAAUGUUUUUCUAUUUCAUUUACGAUCACGUCAAGAGUUUGUUUUUGUUAGUGAUGUAAGUGAGUAAUGUCAGUGAAAAUGUCUUCAACUUUGAUUGCUAGUAGAUCUAUGCUAAAUACAAAUUGAACCACCAUUGGUGCCCUUCAAACACGUAAUUAAGUUAUUGCUGCAUUUUCUGAUUUGUGUCAUUUGCAUGCUUUAAGUUCAAUAGAACUCUAUUAAUAUUGAAAGAGAUAAAUAUUGUCUUUGUACAUUCAGUUAAUAAAAUCUAACUGCA